AUGCCCAAUGAGGACGACCACGAAACGGGCAUCGUGCAGGUACUUGACGUUGAGCGAGUUCGUUUCAUCCUCGAGGCUUGUUAUAAUAACAAGGUCAUUCCAGUCAUGCUGGUAUUGAACCAUACACAGAGAAAAUUCUAUGGUGUGCAACAUGGCGACAUAUUUAAUGCCUGGAACGCGCUGCAGGGGCAUAAUAUGCGUGAGCGAUUGAAUUUAGUGCAUCAACAGGUCGUAUUACCUGAAUUAGACUCUACUCCCUAUGACGAGUAUUCUUUGGCCGAAAUAGCCCGGGCGGAGGAGGCUGCUAUCUUGGAGGAUUCAGGCCUCGACGUGUAUGCCAGUGGAUCUCAUGUUACGAACGUGAACCCUACUGACAGUGGCUUGAGUGUUAAAAGAUACGUGGCACACCCGGCCCAGCUCCCAUACUCGGCUGUAUAUGAGCGAAUUUUGCAAACCCCUGACCCGGAUCAGCUGUCUAUUUCUGAUCGCCGUCAAGCCAAACGGCUGACGGCGAACCAAGCGGCCUUCACCACCUGGUUGUCUACCUAUGGACCAAAUUUUAGUGUGCCACCACACCAUCCUGGAAAUGGCACUUGGAACGAUUAUCAAGAUUGGAUGCUGGGACACGUGCAUGCACUGAGGCAUGUACUACGAUUCUUGCCUUUCCCGGAGAUGGCUGUUCAAGCGGCCCCCGCUGAUUGGGUUUUGGCUUGGGGGGAACACGAAGUGUACCAGCACCGACUAGACACGCUCCGACACAUCGCCGAUGACUGCGACAGCGAUGCCAGGGCCCGCGCUGACUGCCUAACGUGGCUAAAUGAGUGCUCGACGGCGCAGUCGGUCGAAGCGUAUGCUUUAGCGAGCUCUCACGACCGUUGGGUCGACUUAGGGCGCUAUGUCGACUCUUCACUACUCCGCCCCAACCCGCCUGGUAUUCCUGUCACUCAUUGCCGCGAGCGCAAUCUGCUAUUUACACUUUCCAGCAAUAGUGAAGCUGUGCCAAGCGAUCACGACCUCAUUCGAUUGGAGCAAGGUACUGAAGCUUUCGCUUGGAGCGGCCGCGUGUAG